CAAGUCUGCUUCACUUUCUACUUACCAUGUCGUCCAUGGAUAUCUUCAACCGACCACCAGCAAUAUCAGAGGAUACCCUGAAAUAUGCGCUUUACUUGCCUCCAUCUCUUUCGGACAAGCCUUCGGUGACUACUUUCGCUGCAUGCAUGCAUACCUAUGUCGACUCUCUGUUGCCCGGUUUUAUCUGGCAUCGCGACGCCUUCGAGUUGAAAGUGACUCCGAAUCCCGAUCUAGAAGGAGAAUGGAUACUGGAAGGAAGAAUGAGGGUGGGAGACUCUGUUGAUGACGAAUGGUGUACCGUCUGGUUACUAAAGGAAAUAUCAAACAAAUGGGACGUUGCUAUUAGCGUCUGGGAUAUAGAUGGAGAAUUUUUAUUGAUUGAGGCAGCAGAUGCUUUGCCGUCCUGGGUUACACCAUCAAAUGCCGAAAACAGGGUCUGGAUCUACAGUUUCCACCUACAUCUUAUACCACUCUCACACGUAUCCCCACCAUCUAGACAGCGCCGGCGUCGAAAGAUGUCAGUUUCCAAAGAUAAUGAUGAGGAUGAUUGUGCCACUCAAGAUGGAGACGAAGACGAUUUUAUUGUCGUCGAAGACGCGUUGAAACUUGUCAGAGACCCAUUUGUCGAUACGAGGGCCUCUACUGCGGUUGAAAAUAUCGUCUGGGAUAGAAUCCCGCAGUAUCCAGAAGCUAUUCGAAGACAUGUUCAUGUCACUAAAGCUUAUCUUCCGGCUGACAUCGCGAAAGCGUUGGCUGUAAACCCGCAUCUAGUCCAGAAAGCUGUAGAGGCAUUUUACACUCGAGAUGGAAUUCAACUACGGGCAGCUCACAAAAUGUCGCGGUUUUCCCCCAGUACCUCGGUGUUCUCUACCGUUAAAAUGACAAGAACGGCCUAUGCGCAGUUGACUGGCCAGAAAUUCUUUCCUCCCAAAAGCUUUGGCCGAUGGUCAGAAGAUGAAGGAUCUAAAGAAUGGCGAUGGAAGGACACAGGAAUGAAAAUUGCUGUUGGCUUUGAGAUAUUAUUUCAGGAAAGUAAAGGACGAUGGACAGCGACCAACGGCACUGCUGAGGGCUUAUCAUCAUCUAUUACUGCCAAAAAAGAUGCUUUGCGCCGUGACCUUGAGUACAUCAAAUAUAUAAAAAACUUGGUGUCUGCCGGAUAUUUCAGAGGUGAACUUGAUGGGUCCCAGCUCUGGAAUAGUCUUGAGGAGAAAGCUGUGGAAAUAUUCGUGGAUGUGCGUAAACCGGACGAUCAUACACGACAAUCGUUUGCCUCUCUUGUGACAAAUGCAAUCUCACAAGCUCGCGAUCCGGUGAGCUAUGUCACAGCAGAGGAGGACAACGACGAGUGGCUCACCAUUGAUGCACAAGACUUCCAUGACUUGCUGCAGAAGGCAUCAAACAGUGAAAUAUCCGAUGCCAUGGAUGUUGAUAAGCCAGAUGAGACUUCUGAGGACAAGAUGGCUUCUGAUCAGGCUUCAAGGCUCAAAGAUUUGGCUUCCAAAGUCGAAGAAUUCGUUGAAGGAGAAGGGGAUAUGGAGGGAGCCAAGUUUGAAGACGAGGACUUCUUCGAUGAGGAAUUCAGUGAUGGAUCUAUGUCUACAAACUCAGGUGACCAAGACGAGGAAGAUCCAGCCAAGAGGCAAGCAGACAUGGACAAGCUUGUUCCCGGCCUAGAUCCCUCUGAGUAUGGCCAGAUGCCUGCGUCCUUCCAUAGCAACUCUCAAAAGGUCGGGCCUAUGGAUGGAGAAAAUGACACCAAGAACAAGACAGACGAUAAUGAAGCCACAUCCAACACAGAACAUCCUGGAAAGGCCCUGAGGCCACCUAUUUUACCCCGCGAUAAGUAUGACGGUGUUGAUUCUGACGACGAAAGCGACGAGGAAGGCGCUGAAAUAGAUUCUGACGAUGAGGAAGACCGUCCUCAAGUCGUUGGAGACGUCGAAGUUGACAUGGGAGAGGAAGAGGAGGAAUUUUUGGAGUUUUCCCGACAGGCUCUCGGAAUCAAUGACGAGCAAUGGAGCGAUAUUGUCAAAGAUCGCAAAGAUCGGGGAGCCUUUGUGCCGAAAAACAUUUCGACUGCUCCGUUCCUGUCACCGAAAUCGAACGCUCAGGGACGAACUCCCGAGCUCGGGGCACGCCCGAACGUUAAUCCGAAUCUUGACUCCUUCGAAGCUGUCAUGAAAGCGAUGGACGCUGAGCUUGCUCGAUCACGCAGAGUGACAUGGAGCGGUAACACUACGAUUCCGUCGUAUAGAGACAAAGGGAAGGCAAAGGCCACUGUUGAGAAAGAAGAUGGAGAUAUUGAAGCGGCCAUGGAGGCAGAGCUGAAGGAGGUUCUAGAGGGCAGGGAGGAAGAGGACGAAGAAGAGGCGAUGGACUACAAUCUCAUUAAAAACUUUUUAGAAAGUUUCAAGAGCCAGGGGGGGCUGUCUGGACCUGUCAGCAACCUUGCUGGACGGUUGCAGGCUGGGUGGACUCUCCCGAGAGAUGGAUGACUCGUAGUAAUGGCACGUGUACAUAUUGAUCGACUUUUAUCUUAAAAGUUAACGAUGAUCCAUGCCGUCCUGAUAUUCAACACGUCCGGUGUACCUAGGCUGUCCAAGUUCUACACACCCCUUCACCAGUCCUCGAAGACCGUCAUCCAAAAGAUAUUCCAGCUCAUAUGUUCCCGGCCGCCUGGCCUAUGCAACUUUCUCGAUGCUCCCGAGCUCGAGGCAUUUCUGGGUCCAAAAGACGGCCAGGACGAGCGCUGGCGGGUGGUGUACCGGAAUUACGCGACACUAUACUUUGUGUUCGUCGUCGACGGCGCAGAGAGUGAGCUGGGAAUAUUGGAUUUGAUACAG